GCGGCAGCAGCGAUACGGCGGCUGUGCGCCCGAGUAAUUACUCCUGGCGCAGGUUCAGUAGUUGUCUCCUUACUGACCGAUGUAGGGUUUUGGACUAGGAGAGAUACGACGAGCAUACGGAGCCGCCGCCUAGGCGGAGGCGGCGGCGGCUGUCUUCUCCGCGUACUGCCAUUUGUCCGGGCCAUCGUAAUGGCUUGCCGAUCACCAGCAACGGCGAUCGACGCCCUAAUCACCCUCUUUGCCCUUUUACCGGAUUCCCGUCGGAUCCCUGGAUUCUUCUCUGCGUCGCUGCAGAACAAGUUGUCCGGCGGCGGUCCAGGCCAAUAUUUAUGCAGGAUGGGGCAACAUCGGAACGGGGCGCUACUGAAUCCAGCGCCUUCCCACGAAAAAAGAAGAAUAAGAUUCCGGCGGCAACUAGUAGAUGCUAAAAUCACGGAGGAGAUAUCUUAUCGAGCUUGUUUUGGCAGGUGAAAAGAUAUACGUAUUUCUUUCCACGACUCUCGUUUGAAUACCCGAUAUACCCUUGAUGAAAAAUAAUUAAUCUCGAAUUGUCACCACCAAUUCAGACCUCCGAUUCGUUCUCUGACUCCAAAGACCCGCGAGCUGCUUCGAUUUUGUUCAAGCGAGCCGGUCUUCGGCCGUUUCCGAUUCCGAGCGACAGAAUACAACGAGAGAUUUACGGACUCCGUAUCCGUCCUGCACUCUCCCCGACUCGUCAAUAAAUACAACGAGAGGUUUACGAGAGUUAGCCGCCAGAGAAAAGCGACGGAAAGAAGCGAGACGCAUACGAGAGCUCAUUCCCAGAACCCGCGAGCUCCGGUCACUGCUUCGUUUCCGCAUAUAUCCAUCGCCUCGACUCUGUCCACCGGCACCGCUCGCCGGCGGCCAUGAUGAAUCCGGAGAUGAUGAGGCUGGCGCAGGAGCAGAUGAGCCGCAUGUCCCCGGCCGACUUCGCCAGGAUGCACAUGCACGUGAUGUCCAAUCCAGACCUGAUGAAGCAAGCAACCGAGAGCAUGAGAAACAUGAGAACCGAGGACUUCAAACGAGCCGCGCAGCAGCUCAACCACACAAGCCCAGAGGAAAUACUUCGCAUGACCGAAAAAGUCGCCAACGCUAAGCCCGGGGAGUUCGCCGCCAUGAAGGCCCAGGCCGAUGCGCAGAUGUCGUACGCGAUAUCCGGUGCCAAGAUGUUGAAGCAGCAGGGGAACGAGCUCCAUAGCCGUGGGCAGUAUGCUGAUGCCGCCGCCAAGUACAAGCUCGCCAAGGAUAACAUGAAGAACGUGCCGUCAGCAGCUGGGCAAACGCUGCAGCUCCAGUGUGCCCUCAAUUUGAUGUCUUGCUACCUGAAAUCCGGCAGGUUUGAGGACUGCAUAGAUGAAGGUUCGGAGAUCCUAGCCUAUGACUCGAGCAAUGUUAAAGCGUACUACCGAAGGGGUCAGGCUUACAAGGAACUAGGGAACCUGGAAGCUGCCGUUGCUGACCUCGGUAAAGCCCAUGAAAUCUCUCCAGAGGAUGAAACCAUUGCAGAGGUUCUGAGAGACGCGGAAGAGAAACUUACAACUAACCUGCCAAAGGGACUUGUUAUUGAGGAAAUCGUAGAAGAAGAAGAAGAAGAAGACAGUUUCCAGCCUUCAUCUCCGCAAAACGUUGUUGCAGAGAAAUCUGAUGAAAUAGACCAAAGUACGGACCAGCCAUCACUUGAUUCUCUACCUUCCGCAACUGAUAUGCAAGACAUGAGAACUUUCAUGGAAGACCCUGCAAUGCAACAGGUGCUUACAUCCAUGAUGAAAAACAUGAGUCCGGAUACAAUGACAGACAUGAGUAGGCAGUUUGGUUUGAAUCUGACAACCGAGGAUGCUGCAAAGGCCCAACAUAUAUCACAGCUAUCUCCGGAACGUUUGCACAAAAUAAUGAAGUGGAUGGACAGAGCACAGCGAGGAGUAGAAGCCGCAAAGAAGACAAAGAACUGGCUCAUGGCCAGGAAAGGCUUGAUCAUCGCUAUUGUCUUGUUGAUUGUGGCCUUCAUCCUCCAGCGGCUUGGAUUCAUUGGUAGGUGAUGGCCUAAACAUCCAUGAUGGCCAAUCACGCGGUGCAUCCGAUAGAUAGGAUACAAAUAAUUGUUCAGUGGCUUUUUUUCUAAGCCAGAAUUGAUAGUGUGCAAAUGAGUAUGUCCUUGAGAAGGCUCAAGAAAUAGUUGGAUAUGUGUCUUUCUUAUUCUUUCAGUCAUAUGUGUAUAUAGAUUGUAACAAAAUUGAAAGGAAAAACUUAUAGUAUCAUUUGGACA